AUGACUUUGCUCCAUCGCCGAAUAUUCUGCAGAUGGGCUCUGCGAAUCUCCCUUGAGACAUCAUUUUCAAGCACAAUCGGAGCGGGAGGCUUCUCGAUCAGCCCUAAACUUGAAUUUCGUGCGAUUGUGCCAAUAAAUUCCGAGAUAUUCAGCGCACUUUAUGGUGCAGAGGAGAGUUUCAGGUCGCAGGAUGUCUCUUCUGUAAUUCAGAGUACCCGGGAGGCUCUAUUCGAAGCCUUUCGUGAAGGCAAAGCAUCAAAGUCGGAUGCUCUUGAAAGCGGCGAUACUAUUCUACAUGUAAUCACCGGCUGGCAAAAAUACAGUUCUCGCUGGGAUACUCGUUCACGGCUUACCUGGCGUUCGUUUAUCAAAGACCUCUUACAAGCGGGCCUCUCUCCGGACCGUGCGAAUUACCGCGGUCAGACUCCUGCCGACAGAAUGAUCAGUGGCUUCGGUCAUGAAAGCAGCGAUCUGGAAAAGCAGCAGAUAACGAUUGAUAUCUGUUCAGACCUACUGAAAGCUGGGGGAUAUAUGACCCGAGAAGCCCUUGAUUGGAGGCAUCAAGAGAAUGUUUUCAACCCUUAUUACUAUGUGUGGAGAGGAGAUGGACGUAGGACAGAUGACUUGUUCGAAGACUUUAGCUUCCGCCUUAUUUGGAGAAUUACCGAUGAGAAAGGGCUCCAAGGUAUUUACACCUCAAAGAGAAAUCUGAAGGCACGUGACGCUAAAUUAAAUCAAGACAUCGAUCUCCCAGAAGAGCUACAGCCUCUCAUCUACAAAUCGAGGAAACUCAUGACCGCACAACUGAGAAGAGGGAUUGAUCUCCAUCGAUGGAUCAAAACUUACACUCGUUGGGGGGAUGGUUUAGCCCUGAUUCUUCAAUCUGGUCAUGCACCAACCGAAGGCGCCCUUAAAGCGGCAUGCGAAGCGAACUGCGAGGAGAGCGUCAAGAUAUUGGUGAAUGAUCACAAGUACUUCAUUGGAAAUGAAGAGCUUGCAAUCGCCAGUUUCCAUCCUAACCAGGCUAUUGUUGAUCUAAUUGUUAGCGAAUUCAUUGAUCGCAGAAAGCGGUUACAGGCUCUUGCAGAGGCACACUUACCGAGAAGUGUCCAAGAUCAAUUACGCAUCGAAUCCCAAAGCCUACUGAAUGUCCAUGCUUAUGAAGCAUAUAAACUGCUUGCAGCGACUUCUGUGGAUUUGGAAGGUCUCCUGGAACGUCAUAGAUGGUCAGUCUUUGACUGUUUCGGUGUCAAUCUUGAUUUGGCGGAUCGGUUAUGGAGUGCUGGCUUCCGAGGCGUGGAUGAAAUCGAUGAUGACGACAAGACGUGUCUGACAAAAGCUUGGACAGACACACCACCCUGUGAUUUGGAAGUCUUCCUGCAAAAGACUCACUGGUUGAUCAGCAAAGGUGCUGAUAUCUAUCACCAAAAGUCAUCUGGAUCGGCCUUGCAUGAUAUAGGAAACAGCGUGGGAUCAAUUUUAUACUGGAUGAAAGAAGAGGAAGACUCUUCUUCGAAGAUUCAUUCGUUAAGUGAGCCAUCAACGGCCUUAUUGAGAACAGUUCUUUCCGACAUUACUCGAGACGAUUGCGAAUGUGCCUGUUCUCUGAACGGAUGCUCUCCACUGACGACCCUUUUGAGCGGACUUUUGCCCACACGGACUGACCAUGGAACUGUAGCCAAGCUGAUUCAUCUCUUUGCUGAAUUAUUGAGAGUUGUUCUCUUUCACUCAAAAUCCGAGCCCGAGCUUGAUCCACGCUUCAAGAGCCAUUUGAGUGUUGGCAUACUUCGCUUCAUCACGUUCAAAAGCUUGGAUAUCACUCAUACUUGCUUGCAUGAGUACAGAAAGAUCGUGCCAGAAGAAAUAGAAGCGAUCCAAGAUGAAGAGGAACCAUUAAUAUUGGAUCUCGAGAGGCUAUUGACACAAUUUUCCGAAGAAUUGAAUGUACAUGGCUUGCAACUUCCGAGCUACAUAACAGGACUGUGGCGGACCAACAUGGCUUCAUUUCUAUCAACGCUAAGGCCUCAUAGUUCAAAAGAAAUUGCUCAAAUUCUUGAGCUGGGAGUCAUCCUUGAUGGUCAUAAGACGCAAGGGGAAGACUUUUGCAUUCUAGCUGCGGCUGAGGAUCAUUAG